UCGAUGGAAGGUGAAGGUCACAAGAAGAAAGAGACAGAGAGUACAACACAAGUCUCCUUCUUUGUUCUGGAUCAAGUGAUUGUUACAAGUUCAUUUUUCUCUUGUUGAGAGAGAGAGAGAGAUGGGAACAUUUCUAGGGUUUGUGGUCACCAUGACCCUGCUCUUUUGCAUGGCUCAAGGCGAAGUCCUCUACUAUGAUUUCGUGGUGAAGGAGACACCUAUUCAGAUGUUAUGUGGGACAAAUCAGACCGUAUUGACUGUGAAUGGUCUGUUUCCUGGGCCAGAGAUUCAUGCUCACAAAGGCGACACCAUCUACGUUAAUGUCACCAACACAGGACCUUAUGGAGUCACUAUUCAUUGGCAUGGAGUGAGACAAAUAAGAUAUCCCUGGUCCGACGGCCCGGAGUACAUCACACAAUGCCCGAUCCCUACAAACUCAAGUUUCCUUCAAAAAAUCAUACUCACUGAAGAAGAGGGCACACUAUGGUGGCACGCUCAUAGUGACUGGACACGUGCCACUAUACACGGCCCUAUAAUCAUUUUGCCUGUCAACGGCACCAACUACCCUUACAAGUUUGACGAACAACACACAAUCGUGAUAUCUGAAUGGUAUGCAAGAGAUACAAAGGACAUAAUUGAUGAGGCUCUCGCAACCGGAGGUGAUCCAGAUUUGUCUGUGGCCUAUACCAUCAAUGGUCAACCAGGAGAUAGUUAUUCAUGCUCAAAUGAUUCGACGUACAAUUUAACAGCUGUGCAAGGAAAAACUUAUCUCCUCCGCAUCAUCCAUUCCGGGUUGAACGAAGAGAUGUUUUUCGGCAUAGCCGACCACAAUAUUACCGUGGUCGGAAUGGACGGAGCUUAUUUAAAGCCGCUUAAUACUGAGUACCUCAUGAUAACUCCCGGUCAAACAAUGGAUGUUUUGGUCACUGCAAACCAAACCCCCGGUCGCUAUUAUAUGGUUUUUAGUCCGUUCGUCGACACCAAUGCCCCGUCCAAUGACAAUGUCACUAGGGGGAUAUUCCAAUACACCGGCACUUAUAACCAAUCAGAGACUCCGGUAUUACCCGAGCUUCCAGGUUUGACCAAUAAGAGUGAUGCCGGAAACUUCACCAUUCGGUUGAGGAGUUUGAAUAGUGCAGAACAUCCGUCCACAAUUCCGACCAACAUCACUAGGAACAUUACGAUCACGGUGUCCGUGAAUCAGCAGCCAUGUCCUGCUAAUCAAACAUGUAACGGUCCAGAUGGCUCAAUGCAUUCAGCAAGCUUGAACAACAUUAGUUUUUCGGCUCCCUCAAUCAGCAUUCUCCAAGCAUACUACAACAAUCUCCAAGGAGUCUACAACAAAACUUUUCCGGAUACACCACCUUUCGUGUUCGACUAUACCGGGAAUGUAUCGGCCUUAGGGGAAGCUGCCAAUGUGACUACCGAAGUGUUGAUGAUUAACCAUAAUGAGGAGGUCGAAAUAAGAUUCCAAGGGACCAAUCUCGGAGCAGCGGAGAAUCACCCCAUGCAUUUGCACGGCUAUAGCUUUUAUGUCGUCGGGAUGGGCGACGGAAAUUUCAGCGACUCCUAUGUAUCGCAGUAUAAUACAGUUGAUCCGCCUUUCGUUAACACCGUCGGACUCCCCAAAAAUGGGUGGACAGCAAUCAGAUUCAAAGCCGAUAAUCCAGGGGUGUGGUUCAUGCACUGUCACUUAGAACGCCAUGCGAGCUGGGGAAUGGACACAGUCAUCGUCGUCAAAGAUGGGCCGAACGAUGAUCAGAAGGUGCUUCCACCGCCCGACGACGUGCCUCCUUGCUCGUAAUCAGGAUGUUGUUUGCUUCUAGUCCUUAGGACAAAAGCUAUUGAUAUCACACUGGGAAUAAACCAUCUGAAUGUUGUGUCGAAGUUUGCAAUGCGGCAUCAUUCUAAUAAGUUUCAAUUGUAACACUUGUGUCGGCAAGUAAAAAGUUUUUGUUCGGUCCCACGAGUGACUUGAAAUGUAUUUUUCCGUUGCCGACAAUGAAUCCAUAAAGUCGAUUGAUAGGGGUGAAGUUUUCAAA